CUAGAGGUUGGUCUAAGAGGCUUCUCAUGGGAGGCAUUCCCCCCAGGGUAAUGUCCAUCUUCCUCUCUCCAGGCUCCGAAGAGCGGCCGUUCCUCAGAUUUGAAGCCGACAACAUCUCCAACUAUACAGCCCUUCUGCUGAGCAGGGAUGGCAAGACUCUCUACGUGGGUGCCCAAGAGACCCUCUUUGCACUUAACAGCAGCAACAGCUUCCUGCCAGGCGGGGAGUACCAGGAGCUGCUAUGGCGUGCAGAUGCGGAGAGGAAACAGCAGUGCAGCUUCAAGGGCAAGGACCCACAGCGCGAUUGUCAAAACUACAUCAAGAUCCUCCUGCCACUCAACAGCAGCCACCUGUUCACCUGCGGCACAGCGGCCUUCAGCCCCGUGUGCACCUAUAUUAACAUGGAGAACUUUACUCUGGCACAGGACAAGGCAGGGAAUGUCCUCUUGGAAGAUGGCAAAGGUCGUUGUCCCUUUGACCCAAAUUUCAAGUCUACAGCCCUGGUGGUCGAUGGUGAGCUCUACACUGGAACGGUCAGCAGCUUCCAGGGGAAUGACCCAGCCAUCUCCCGGAGCCAGAGCCUCCGGCCCACCAAGACCGAGAGCUCCCUCAACUGGCUACAAGACCCAGCCUUUGUGGCCUCAGCCUACAUUCCCGAGAGCCUGGGCAGCUUGCAGGGGGACGACGAUAAGAUCUACUUCUUCUUCAGUGAAACAGGCCAGGAGUUUGAGUUCUUUGAGAACACCAUCGUGUCCCGCAUUGCCCGCAUCUGCAAGGGUGACGAGGGUGGUGAGCGGGUCCUGCAGCAGCGCUGGACGUCCUUCUUGAAGGCCCAGCUACUGUGCUCCCGGCCCGAUGACGGCUUCCCGUUCAACGUGCUGCAGGAUGUCUUCACACUGAGCCCCAGCCCCCAGGACUGGCUCGAUACCCUCUUCUAUGGGGUCUUCACGUCCCAGUGGCACAGGGGGACCACAGAGGGCUCUGCCAUCUGCGUCUUCACCAUGAAGGACGUGCAGAAGGCCUUCAACGGCCUCUACAAGGAGGUGAACCGGGAGACACAGCAGUGGUACACCGUGACUCACUCAGUACCCACGCCCCGGCCUGGAGCGUGCAUCACCAACAGUGCCCGGGAAAGGAGGAUCAACUCGUCCCUGCAGCUCCCAGACCGGGUGCUGAACUUCCUCAAGGACCACUUCCUGAUGGAUGGGCAGGUCCGCAGCCACAUGCUCCUGCUGCAGCCCCGGGCCCGCUACCAGCGUGUGGCUGUACACCGCGUUGUUGGCCUGCACCACACCUAUGAUGUCCUUUUCCUGGGCACCGGUGAUGGCCGGCUGCACAAGGCCGUGAAUGUGGCCUCCAGGGUGCACAUCAUCGAGGAGCUCCAGCUCUUCCCCCCAGGACAGCCCGUGCAGAACCUGCUGCUGGACACCAACAGGGGGCUGCUGUAUGCUGCCUCAUACUCGGGCAUAGUCCAGGUGCCUGUGGCCAACUGCAGCCUGUACCAGAGCUGCGGGGACUGCCUCCUCGCCCGGGACCCCUACUGCGCUUGGAGUGGCUCCAGCUGCAGGCACAUCAGCCUCCAACAGCCUGAGCUGGCCUCCAGGUUGUGGAUCCAGGACAUUGAGGGGGCCAAUGCCAAGGACCUGUGCAACACGUCCUGGCCCAUUAUGUCAACAGGCAAGAAGCCGUGUGAGCAAGUCCAGUUCCAGCCCAACACGGUGAACACCUUGGCCUGCCCGCUGCUCUCCAACCUGGCCACCCGGCUCUGGCUGCACAACGAGGCCCCUGUCAAUGCCUCGGCCUCCUGCCGUGUGCUGCCCACUGGGGACCUGCUGCUGGUGGGCAGCCAGCAGGGGCUGGGGUUGUUCCAGUGCUGGUCCCUGGAGAAUGGCUUCCAGCAGCUGGUGGCCAGCUACUGCCCAGAGGUGGUGGAGGGCAAGGUGGCAGAUGGAGCAGACCAGGGUGACAGCGUGCCUGUCAUUAUCAACACAUCGCGUGUGAGUGCACCAGCCAGUGGCAAGACCAGCUGGGGUGCCGACAAGUCCUACUGGAACGAGUUCCUGGUGAUGUGUGUGCUGUUUGUGCUUGCCGUGGUUCUUCUAACUCUGUUCUUCCUCUACCGGCACCGGGAUGGCAUGAAAGUCUUCCUGAAGCAGGGUGAGUGUGCCAGCGUGCACCCCAAGACCCGCCCUGUGGGGCGGCUGCCUGAGACCCGGCCACUCAACGGCGUUGGCCCCCCUAGCACUCCACUUGACUACCGAGGCUACCAGGCCCUGUCGGAUAUCUCCUCCGGGCCCCGGGUCUUCACCGAGUCAGAGAAGAGGCCACUCAGCAUCCAGGACAGCUUUGUGGAGGUAUCGCCCAUGUGCCCCCGGCCCCGAGUACGCCUGGGCUCUGACAUCCGGGACUCCGUGGUGUGAGAACAAACUUCAGAGGAGGCCACCUGGCUUCAAGGGCCUGGAGUGCCCAGAGGGUGCUGGCUUGAUCUCUGCUCCUCGUCAGCCACAGCCACGGUGCCCAGACCUUGGGAACGAUGGAGCCAGCUGCCUUGCUGUUCUUCAGCCAAUAGCGGGGCCACCUACAGCCCAGACAGCCAAGGCACCGAAGGUCCUGGCUAAAGAUGGGGGUCUGCCCAGGUGGGCAGAACUGUGCUCCUCAGGCAAACUGAGCCCUCUGUUUAAAAAAACAAUUGAAAAUGUGAAACAAGAGUGAGAGGGGUGAGAGACACACAGAGUGCCACUCCUGCCACCACUCCAGUUCACAGGCUUCCCAGCCUCUCAUGCCUCCCAAGGGUAUUAGGGACUUGUCCACAAUGGUUGUUGGAGACAGAGUGGGAAGUCCCUCACUGACUUGCCUCUUCCGCCUCCCACCUUAUCCUGCUGCAACAGGCUGUCCCCUCCUCACUGAGAGCCAGGGGCCGACUCGGGCCUCUCGAGCUCCUGGCCAUUCCAGCCAGCCAGGGGUAUAGUUGUUGUCGCUGUCACCGCUCCACCUCAGGGACCACAGUGCUAGGCUAGCACCACCCCAGGCCCUGGGCUCCGACCCAUCUCCUGGACCCUUCCGGCCUGCAUCAGGCUGUGGCCACUUGAGAGGGCAGUGUGGGUCCAGGAGCGGAUUUAUGAUACCAUGUU